AUGGACUCCCCAUUGACUCAGCAGUCGAGGCCAGAUUCAUUCGAGCCAAAGAUUGUCCAGCUGUAUCUCCACUUGUUCGGUGCGCUGUCCGACGAAGAUGCGGAUGAUGGUGUACCGUCAGAGGGCUUCUGGAGGGAGUUCUUCCUUCUUAAGCCUGACAAGCAGAGGCUAUAUGACAUCCUUGAGCCAAUGACCGCUUUCGACCUGCUCCAUAUACAAGCUCAGACGCAAUCCUUCUUCAAGCGGGCCGUUUUAGAGUCAGGGUCGGGGUCUUUUCCUCGGAAUGAUCACGCUCUCGAGAACUUGACGGCUUUUCUGUGUGCGGUAUUCACCAAAAAGUACACCAACCCGAAUACCGAUGUGAUCGAAGUGCUAGCUGGCCUCGAUGCCAUUGACAAGUUGAUGUCCGAUCUGGUCCAGACGCUCGAAACGAUCGUCCGACUGGAAGCUCAGGAGGCUGUCCGCACGAGAGCUUUGUAUGCAGUGCUUGCGCUAGUAUCUGGGGGCUUCCACACCAGUCUCGCCUCCUAUUUCAUGCACAGGGACCUGUUCUCUGCGCUGAUAAAGUAUGUCCAUGAUGUCCACGACGACCCGGCUCAUGGCCUCCAUGCUUUUGUAGUGAUUGGCAUCCUGUCCAGUUACAAUAAAUUCGAGUCGCAAAAUGUGUAUCACCACCGACUGCAGGACUUUGUCAACGAGGACACGAUUCGUCUCCUGGUCCGCAAGUUGGCGGAGGCGUCUGCGGCCCUCCGAGAUCAGUAUGUUGCUGUUCAGGAUGACUAUCCUGCACGAUGGAGUUUCAGCAGCACAUUGGCUAUGGUAGGACUCCGGAGCCUGUCAGCUGAUGCUAAAAAGCCAUUGCCGCCUUCGGAUGAGGAUGCAAAACGUUUGUUUGCCUCUUUACCCGACGAAAAUGCAGCUUGCCUUUUGUCUCUGUAUUCGUUCGUCCAAGCGAACAGACUGUUUGCUGCCAACCUAUUGAAUCUGCCCCCGGAAAAGGAUAAAGAGGCCCCCUUUUCUGUCUUCUUAUCGUCAACUUCAUACAUUUCACACAAUGCAUACCGUGGGCCACGGCCAGCAACAUAUGCCACGCUCAGUCUUUUGUCGAUCAGGAUCAUGGUGGAGGACUCGGUUCUGGCCAAACGGAUAUGCUCGGCAGACUCAAAGAUGAUUAUCCGACUGUGCCGUCAAAGACCUCCACAUCUGCCCUCGGUCACAUCCCCAAGAGUACCGGCGACAGCAAUAUUGGACAUCUGCACAGAUACGCUCAGUCACAAUCUUCGAAAGAGACUAGAUGUUCACCUGUAUGGGCUUGCUCUGGGCAUCAUGCUGAGAAUAGUCACCUACCUUGAACAAAGCAAAUCUCGCCUACACCAUCAUUGGGCAUACAUAUGGGGCUCACUCCUCUCUCUGAUGAAGUUCCUGACACAGUAUGCAGAUGACCUCAAGCACCUUAGAGGCAUCAGAGAGGACCUGUGCAGCACCCUGGCAACUUUGGCGGCCUUUUGUCUGUCCAAGGGCGAUGCAUUCUUACCGGACCCGGCAAGCUAUGAUGAUCUCUUUUACAAGCUCAUCGAGGCGAAUGAUGUGCUCCCCCGGUUCAAGCAGGCCUACACUGACCCCUCGCCACGGUUCGAUACGAUGAAUAGGUCGAUCGAUGCAUUGAUCAGCGUGUCCACACACUACCACGAUCUCCUCAAGGCCCAACAUGGAAAGAAGACACACCAGUCCCCGGCUGCUGUUCAAAAAGUGAUCAGGGAUGGAUAUGAGACACUAAGCUUAGAGACCGAUGAAGACUUCGGACACUGGGACCGGUGGCGUGAAAGCAACUGGAAGGCAGAGUUGAAGAGAAUGAUUAGAAUUGUGGUUGAGGACGCUAGGGCUCUAUCACUCAAAGGAUGA